AUGGAAGCCACCAAGAAGGUGGGGGGCCCUGAUCCAUCGGGCCCCCAAGGCCACCCCUCGGCCUGCAACCAGCAGCUGAGGGGUGGCCUCAGAGGGUCCCAGGGACCAUGGAUAAACUCAGGAUCCCUAUACUUCAAGCAGGGGUUGUCAUUUUCCUCUGAGGCCACCACUGAUGCAGCUUGUGGCCCAGCCUCCCAGGCCCACAUCCCUGAGCCCACUCACCAGCAACUCCAGGACCCUGCUCAGGUUAGCUCCAGGUGCCGCUAUAUGCAGACCUCUCAGGAUGCUCUGAGACUCUCCUCUACUGGCCCAUAUUCAAGUCCCAUUGUAGCAGCCCAACAGCAUCUUGUCAUGGACGACGGGACCCUGAACCUACCAGCGUGCACACGCGUUAACAACAACAGUGACAUUACCCGGUGCGCAUCCCACCGUUCCCAGCUUCAGGUGCAGGUUGGGAGGGAGGGCAAGGCUCCAGCUAAAGUCCUGAUAGGCUGGGGCAAAGGCUCUUGCAACACAGAGCAGAUGGCCCCCUUGGGCACCAGGAAGAGUCGAUGGCUACCCUACUUUCUCUCAGCAAAGGAUGGUACAGUUGAAGACCAAGCUUCUCUUCUGGAUCCAGCUCCAGCCCAAGAUCAGGGCCCAGGAAAGAGCUCAUGUUUGGUUCAGGCUCCUGCCCCGGUUAAAACUUCUUCUUUGCCGUCACUGACUCCUUCAACUCCAGCUCAGGCUACAAAUCCAGCUCUGGAUGCAACCCCAAAGCCUGCAGCAGCUGAACCUUAUACCUAUACCCUUGAUCACUUGACUGACACCAUUCCAGUCACCAAAGACCUAUCUCAAGACCUCCUCCUCAGGAGAUGUGGCAACCAGUGGUCAAUCCUCUUGGAAUCUUCUAAAACUGCCCCAUCCUGCCAGGAAAAAGUCCAACCUAAAGAGGAGCUUCCUACUGCAGCACCUGCUUCAGAAGUGUUCCCAGACCAUGCCCAGGAGCACAAGAUUACUGGAAGGCAGGUGCCACCUGAGCAACCUGAAAACCCAGUGGAGAAGCCCAUAGUCUAUCCCCCCAAGCCAGGCAGCCCAAAUCCAUGUCCAGAGCCUCCAUCUACUCCCAAGUUCCAGAAGAGAAACCAGGAUGUAAGCAGCUCUCAACCUGACAAGCAGCCCCCCAAUGUCUGCAACAACUACUCCAGUGUGCCACAGUCUUCAUACCAAGUAACCUGCCACAAGCAGUCCACACCCCAGCUUCCCAGGGAAGCCAUGCAAAUUCCUGCUUCCAGUACCCCAGCCUGUAAGCUCCAGGAAGCUGUGGAAGACCAAGUGCUGGUGUUUGAUAUGGCCACGGGCAACACCAGGGUAGGGCUGCUGUGCCAUGACCCUAUGGGCUCACGAGCAGUGUUGGUGGGCCUUGUGCCCAGCCACCCAUCUCUCUAUUCUCCUGAAAAUAUACUAUCUACCCGGUCAUUGGUCAGGCCCAACGUGUCCCCUGCCAGCAAUCAUUCCAGCUUCUGGUCCACCACACCCAUGCUGUCCAGCCCUGUACCCUCCAGCCUCUCAUCUGCCAGCUACCGAGAGGUGGCCCUGGUUCCCAAGGAGGCCAGGCACAACCUGGAGUCACGGGAUUCCCCUGGAAUUGAAACACCCAUGAGGGUUGGGAUAUUCACUGGGCCUGUUCCACUGGAGACACCCCUCCAAUUUGGUGAGAGGAUUCGGCCCCAUGUACCUGAUCCUGGUUGGUCCAAACCUGAUGCUGAAAAAAAUGAACCUAAAAAUGAACCUAGUCAUACCAUCUGGAUGCUAGAGUCCUCCAGGAUCCCAGAUACCUCUGUGACCCAGCCCAAGAAACUGCAGUGGAUGAACUCAGAGCCUGCUUCAUCUGUCAAUAUGCAGGUGAUGCCCAAAUCUCUAUUCCAAGAGGAGGUAGGAAGACGUAAUGAGAAAGAAGUCAUUACUGCUCACCCUGAUAAUCCUCAGACCAAAGAUGCUGGGCAGGUCCCCCUCACUGGUCAGAGUUUCCUCAGUGGGCAGAACCUCCUUGCUAGGCAGCUACCCAUAGCUGAACAGGGUUCUCCACCUGGUCAGCCUCCCUGUACUAAGCAACUCCCUGAAACUGGUCAGCUUCCUUUCACUGGGCAGACCACUCUUACCAAUCAGCUUUCUCUCCCUGGGCAAGUACCCUUCACCAGGAUGCCCCCCUCUACCACCACCAAAGAUCCCACCCUGCCAAGAGGGCCCCUCACCUCUGGAGAGCCUUGCCAGGUUUCCACCCAGGAAAAUGAACCCUUGGAUCUGCCUGCCCAUGUAGAGGUACUUCGAGUGCCCUUGGCCCCAGAAGAGACCUGUAGCUAUAGGAAUAGAGAGAUGGUCGGUAUUGGUAGUGCUCAAAGCCCUAGUAUGCAUCAGCUCUCAUCCUGGCAACCUGGUAGCUCCCCCAGGGCCCAGGAAGAACAUCUUUCUCUGGUUGCAUUUACCACACCUGGCACUGGCUGCAAAGUCUUGCCCAUGGCCAUGGUGGACACUGAAUCUCAGAGUGGGAACCAUUUCAAGCUGACAGCUGAGGACAUUACACAUUCAUCAGUGGUCACGCAUCUUGGCCUGCUCCGUGGGGCCUGCUAUGAGCUGGUGUCUACCAUGGAUGCUCUGUCAGGGCGGUCACCAGUUCUCUGCCGUCACUCUUCAAGCCCCUACCAGAACAUGGCAGCUGUAGUGAUUGAUACAGGCACAGGAUUCACCAAAUGUGGUUUGGCUGGUGAGGACCAUGUCCUCAAUGUGGUACCCUCACAAGUUCAGCUGCUGCAACAUCCAGCCCAGGGCCAGCCCCGGUAUGCAGUGCCGGAAAACCAGGAAGGCUCCUAUCCUGUACUGAAUCGGGGUGUGGUCUCUGAUUGGGAUGCACUAGAGGUGCUGUGGCAGCACCUGUUCUAUUGCAGGCUGGGGGUACAGCCUGAGGAGUUGGCUGUGCUUGUGGCUGACUCCCCCAUCUCACCACGUACUAACCGAGAAAAGGUGGCAGAAAUACUCUUUGAACGUUUCCAUGUGCCAGCCAUGCAGACAGUGCAUCAGGCCCUGCUGGCACUCUAUGCUUAUGGGCGUACCACUGGGUUGGUGCUGGGCAGUGGCCAUGGCACCUCCUACGUGGCACCCAUCCUCACUGGGGAUCUGGCGCCACUUGACACCUACCGCCUGGAUGUGGCUGGUGCUGACCUUACUGACUACUUGGCUCAGCUGCUGCUGGCAGGUGGCCGUUCACCACUUAAGGCAGGGUUCGUCAACCAAAUUAAAGAGUCCUGCUGCUAUGUGGCUAUGGACAUGGCGGCUGAGAUGGCCCGCACCCAGACCCAAGCCCAAGUGGAUUUUGUACUCCCAGAUAAGCAGAUUGUCACACUGGGCUCUGAGCGCUUCUGUUGCCCUGAGGCUCUCUUCCAGCCCAACCUGCUAGGUGUCAACCAGCCAGGACUUCCACAGCUGGCCCUGCUAAGCAUCAGCCGACUAGAGGCCAAGCAGCAGAAGCAACUGCUGGCCAAUGUGGUGCUGGAUGGUGGCAGCACCCUGGUGAGUGGCUUCCCUGAGCGCUUAAGACAGGAGCUAGGCCCUGGUGCCACUGUGCUGGGCUCUCCCCACCGUGCAGUUGCUGCCUGGCUUGGGGGUUCCAUCAUGGCAUGCCGGGACUCCUUCCAGAGCUUGUGGCUCAGCCGCCGUGAGUACGAGGAGGAAGGCCCAUGGGCUAUCUACAAGUACCAGCUGUGA